CUGCCCCAUGGGUACGUCAAGCCUGCUUCAGUGCAAAGCGGGGCCGAGCCGCUCAGGUGUCAGCCCUGCCUGGCAUAGCCCUGGCUCCCUCUGCUCCAGUGCUGGAGAGUUGUAUUGUACUCCCCUGUCCCCAUCCAAGAAGCAGGGGCUGCAGUUUCUUCUCGGGACCCAGGCCACAAACCACACACCAUGGUAGAGAACAGGAGCCAAGGCAGGAGGCUGAGUCAUUUCACCAGAGCUGCCUGGGAGGGUCAAAGAUAGAGCUGGGAGGGGCUGAGGCUGCCUCUUCUCCACCAGCUGUGCCACGCAGCCUAGCUCAAGGCCACUUCUGCCACUGCUAUACCCCAUCAUCUGCAUGCAGCCCUCUCUCCAUAACUCCAUCACUCCCUUCUCCCAGCCCCCUGUGCCAUGGUGCUCUGGGAAAGUGCCAGCCUGGUGAUGCAGCAGGGAGCCCGCCUGGAUUGCAGCUCUGAUUACGCUGUUGCCUUCCUCUGCCCUCCCCGGGUGCACCUUCAAUCGCACCUGUAUCAUCCGCAGUAAAGGGCUUGCUUGCCCAGACCGUGGGCUACCUGGGUCACCGCUGCAACUGGCACCUCUUCGUCUCACCUCUGUCAUGUGCCAGGGGUAUUAGAAAGGGCCCCAGUGUGAGGACGGACCCAGCGCCUGUCAAUGGCAGUGCAAAGAGGCUUUUUCUGAUUCAACUGGGCAUCCCCCUGUCCUACCUGGACGCAGCCCAUGGGUUUCCAUGAAGUCCUUGGUCAUCAGAGUAUCCUCAGCCAGGUCCCUUCUCCCGCUGGCUGGUUAAGGAAGCCCCACUUCCGCUCUCUUCUCCCCACCCUGUCACUCUGGCCAUAGCCUGUGCUUGGCCCAUAAAACUCAGCCCAUUCUCUGCGUCCCAGCAUCCAGGCUGUCCAAAUCUUACUAACCCUCCAUGCUGCACCUCUAAGAGCCUGUCUGUGCUACCCUGCCCAUGCCCUGAAAGCACGCCAUGCCUCUCUCAGCCAUUGUCUGACGUUCUUUGGCCUCUGGCCCACAGAAGAAAGAGUGGGUGGGGUAUGUUUCCCAGCUCUGCUCCUUGGCCUGGUGCAAGGUCACAGGGACAUGCCCAGAUCUCUGACUUUCCCUCUCCACCCCUGCAGCCCAAAGCCUCAUGCCAGCCUUCAUCACUUCGCACGUCAGCACCUGCCCCCUCAUGCCCUCCAGAAAGGCCAGUCUUGCCCCAUCUCCUCUUCUUCCGGACACUGCUGCGGGGCUUGUUUUUGCAGCUGGUUGUUUUGAUUGCAUCACCUGUCUCCUGGCCCCGCUCCCUCUUCUCCACUGAGCCAAAACAAGCCACUUCCUGGUGCUUGCUAGUCCUUUAUAGGACCCGGACACUUGUCUUGCACCUGUCCCCUCUCAUCCCUCCCACCCUGUGGAGAGCCAGGUGUGUCAUGCAGAAUCAUGUAUGGCCUUGCACGUCUCUCUUUCUCUGGAUGUUUUAGACCAAAGCUCUGGCUCUGUUUGUUGGAGCAUUGGGGCUAGAUGCUCUGGACACGAGCUGAAGGCUGCUCCCAACUCAACCAGCUAUAAUGGGAAUCUGGGCACAUAGGCAGGAUGGUGAAGGCAACCAGCUGUGAUGUUAGCUGCAUCAGCCCGCCCCCCGCCCCCCACUUCGUUUGCCAUAGAAAGGCUCAUAACCAUGCUGACUUGGUGGGCUAUUUCUCUUGGGACCUAUAACCCACAACACAGCUACUGCAGGGUCAGCCCAGAGGUGGAUCUAGAGGGGUGCAGUAGUGCAGCUGCACCCCUUCUUUGAUUCCUGCUCUAUGGAAACUGUAAAACCAGCUGUUUGGGGAGAGGCAGUGGCAUUUCUAUUCAGGCAGCACUAAGGGAGUCAAUUGAUUUCAUGGCUCAUUAUCAUCUGCCUGGUUCCUGCUGCUCUCUCUUCACUCCUUAGGUGUUAAAGACCCUCACUCCUUGUUAAUGGUCAUCAUGUUCCCCUACUCAAAUGAUCCUUUCUUCUUCAGUGUUGCUGUCUGUUCUCCAUUCCUGGGAAUGUCUCUCCUCUAUUCCACAUCCCUGAAGGUUGUUUUUAACUCUAGCUAAAAUCCUUAACUCAAGGGUAGCAGUAUUAAUGACUGUCAGUGAAGUAUUGAAGGUGCUGUCAAGAAACUCAAGCAGGCUAGAUUUUGUUGCACGAUUUUGAAUAAGAGACAUACAUUUAACUAUAAUGACUACAGGACUAGCAAAAUGAUCUCUUGACUUCUUAAAUCAUUUUUUUUGCCUAGCUUGUAGUUUUUUAAAUUACUGUAUAAUUUAGCAAUUAGUGGCUGUCCUGGUAGAUUUAGAUGAGUUUUUGUUUAAUCUUAAACUUAAUAAUAUAGCGCUGGGCCUCUGGCUUAUUAGUAAAGCUUCUAGUUUCUAUUUCCCUGGAGAAACAUAGGUGGUGCGUUGUAUGUGAUGAUGCACCACCCUGUCUGCUCUCCCCGCUUUCGACAUCCGCGCAUGGGUCAGUCUCCCCAGGAUUUUACUCUGUAGCCGGCUCGCUCUGUAUUAUGGACACCCGACCAGGCCUCUCCCAAGCUGUCCAGGGCAGGUGCUGUGUAUUUGCAUUGAGAAAAGAGCUUCCCCAGAAUGAACUUGAUGAGGAGAGUGGACACAUGACUGAUCUUCCCCUGAAGUAAAGUUCCUGCCUGUUUCCUGGGCCUGACUCCCACCCCCUGCCCCAAGCUUCAUAUGAUUUCCCCUGCAGCAGGGCUGGGCCCUGUGUGCCUCUGCAUCUGCCGCCCAUCACAGUCAGUCGCCUCUGGUUUCCUACGUGUUACUGUGGUUUCCAAUGUGUCGAUGCUCCUAUAGCAGACCAGAACCACCCUGUCAGCAAGUCGCUCUCCUUAGCCAGCUACUGCCCCAGAUGAGAGGGCGCUUGUACGCGGGACGAUGAUAAGGAGGAGGCUGUGAUUGCCCGGAGAUUACCUGAGGCAGGGGAUGGGCAAUUAUUUUGGGCGGAGCGCCACUUACUGAAUUUUGGCAAGCCAUCAAGGGCCGCAUGACAGGCAGCCAGGGGCAGAUAAAUAUUAACUUUCUAAAAAUGCCCCAGGCAUUUUGCCACCCCGACCUAAGGGAAUGACUCUUGCCACUUCCUCAUCAGCUGCUUUUGCUCACCUUGCCCUGUCGCUGCAGGGUGGGAAGAUAAGCUGUGGAAAGGCAGCUCUCUGAGGCCUGGGCUGCCCCUCCUGAGGCGUUCUGCAUUGCAGAUCUGAGACCCCUGCCACAUCGUGACACUGGUGCAUGUCACACAACCGUGGAAUAGCAGACAGCCCCAGGUCCAGCCCAUCCCACAGUGUCUCUCCAGGGUCUUUUCCUACCUGCUCCAGGCUCUGCAAGCAGUUCUGGUCCAGUUUUGAUUGGGAAAUCCCUUGCUGUGGCAGACAGCUGGAAAGGAUCCCUCUCCAGCUCCCUGGCUACAGUGGCAAUGGACCUUUGAAUUCAGCCCUGGCUGUAGACGGGGGAAGUUUUAACUGCUCCAAAAGGUGUUGGCCUGCAGCUGUUCCCUCUGUCGGCACCUGGAGUGGUACAAGUGGGCUAAACCCUUGUAUGCUUAACCCUGAAACAGGGUUCAUUAUGCACCGCUUUACCUACGCUUCCACCCAGACAGGAGCAGAUAGAGGGAACAGCCGCGUCCAGCACUUAGUAAUGUGCCACGACCACGCAGGGCAUGGCCCUGACUAGCACAGGCGUUCAGCAUCCGGCUGGUACAAGUGACGCUCUGGGUCAGGGCUGUGAGUGCGCAGAGCUCCCCUCUCUUGGCCUAGGGCAGGGCUGUCGCACAUACAACCCCUGGGCCAGAUCCAGCAUGCAGAGCCGGGCCGUAGGGCCGCUGGAGAGGCUGGGAAUCCAGGAGUGCAGCCUGCUACUGACUUCCCGGCUACAGAGCCCCACUGGGCUGCAUUUUGGGGGCGGUGGGAUGAGUGAUGGAUGCAGUAAUUCCUGUAGUUUGCUGAGGUAUCACAGUGGCUCAGGCAGCUGCAGGAGUUAACACUCCUGGCACUCGCCUCCCUGCCAGAGGUGGAUCCAGAUGUGGCCCAUGAGAACCCCUGCAGUCUGGAUCCAGACCAGGGGGCCAAAUGAGUUUGAUGCCCUGGGACUAGAGGAUGACAAAGGAAGAGGGAGGGAGCCAGGAGGCGAGUCCUGCUGGGUGCUCCCACCCCAGCCACUGCUCACGAAGCGGCAACCGCUGCAGGUUUCAUGUGCCAGGAGAUGAUCUCUGCUAGAGCUAACCAAGCUCAGAGGCUUUCCUAGCACCAUGGAAAGUCACCACAUCCCCAUCAUGCUUUGCACGGGACGUCAAGGGUUCAGCCCGACUUUGCACCAUCUCCAGCCGGACCCUUCUGCUUGGGGAAGCCCUUCUCCUUCCCGGCUGAAGCAGCCUGCAUUGUGCAUGCCUUGCACUUUCCAGCUUCCCCUUUUCACAACACUGGGAAGGGACCAGGAGGGGUGGGGUUUUUGGGCAUCCUUUGCAGCCCUUCUGGGAGACACCUCCUUGGCAUGAAUGAGCUGAUGCUACGGGACAAUGGGAUGCAACCUGUUAGGCUCCAUGGAGGGAGGGCUGAGCGCACCCUGUUUGAGAGCAGACCCCAGACGGGCCACAGAGACGUUAUGCAGCACCUCAGCUUUGACCUAUCAACCCGCUGGGCCUUUCCAGACUCCUCAUCAUUAAGAAGUCACUGGACACGGAUGUGCCAGCUAGGAGGUCUGCAGUGGCUAUUCACUUGCCCCGAUGGGAAACCAGGUGCCUGAAGAAACUCUGCCCCAGCUGGAGCCUAUUUUGGAUCUUGGGCAAAGAGAUGGAGCAUCUAUAGCUGGCAUUAAACAGCUGCUUGGGGAAAUGUCUAGUGCAUCCAGGGAUGCUGAUGAGGUGGUGGCUCAGUGCCCGGCCUAGCCCUGUCCCGGGUCUCGGGCUGCCCUAGCGUUCACCCCGUGAGCGAGGAAGUGAUGGGUUGUCUGGAGGCAGACAGCUACUAUGACCCCCCCCAAGCUGUUGGCUAACUCUGGCUGUGCUUGCAUCACAAAGCGUCUGCAAUACCCAGUGCAUGGGGAUCGCAGCAUGAAACGCAGGGUGUGGCUGGAGAUGGGGGUGCCCCCGUGGGCAUCUUCCUGCCAGAGGUGAGCCGCAAAGGGAGGGCUGCUAUAAAAGCCUGGACGUUCCCAGGCAGAGCGGGAGAGCGAGGAGGAGACAGCAGAGGAAAGAUCCACUCGCCCUGGUGACAUCUGCCUGCGCCCAGCGGACACCAAGGGUGAGUCACAGGGUGGGGACAAGCUGGCAUGGCAAGGAGGAUCCCUGACGAGUGCUUCGCAGCAGCCAGAUGUUGGGCCAGGCAUUGGAAAGGCAUGAGGGCAAGCUGUGCCCCCGUCAAAGUGGCAGGGAGUGCAGUGAGAGACUAAACAUGGUACUCGUUGCCUGGGGGCACCCGAAAUACCAAAGCAGAAACCGGGAGUCGAUGCGUCGGGGCGAGGACAAGUCCGGGGACUCUGCAAGGCUCAUCGCUGAUACUGCGAGGGGGCCAAAGGAUUGCACUUCUCACACGCUGGGUGAACUGUGAUCUUGUGGCCAAUGCACGUUGCAUCAGUGAUAAGGGGGCAAGAUCUGCGGCUCAGCAGGGCGCGAGCAGGUUCAAGAUUGCUCAGAUAAGUCAGCGGCUUUCAAAGCAGCGAACUUCAGCCCGGCUGGCGUAAUCUUGGAGCCAGGGGAGGCUGGGGGCAGAGGAGUUUCCAGUGGAAAGGAGAAAACAAGAGUGCCUGUCCUUAAGAAGGGUGGAGAGGGGCAUCGGAGGCUUUACAACCGCUCGGCCUCGCUGCGGUUCCUGGGAAGAGGCUGGGACACGUCAUCCAACCAUCAAUCUGCGACAAGCAACAGAUGGGUGCAUUAAGGACAAGGCCACAUGGUUUCCUUUGGUGACGGGGCAGCUGGGGAGAGAACGGGCAGUAGAUGUGAUGUACCUGGACCUGAGGAAGGCUUCUGGGAUCAGGAUUCAGAGGGGUCUGGGCAAGCUAGAGAAAUGCUUUGAAAUCCAUAGGAUGUGAGGCAGGAAGGAUGAGGGCAGAGCACCAUGGGGCUGGGUAGGCAGCAGCUCUGGCAGGAAGGCACCAGGGGUUAUCACCGGUCAGGCUGAGCCUGUCAGCAGCUUUGUGCCUCAGCAAAAGAAAGCUGGUGCCACCUGGGUUGUGUCAAGAAAGGUGGUGAAAUCAUCCAUGGAGAUUUUUAAGACCCAGGUUGACAAAGCCUUGGCUGGGAUGAUGGGGCUGGGGCUGGUCCUGCUUGGAGCAGGGGGUUGCAGUAGAUGUGAUCUCCUGGGGUCCCUUCAACCCUCAUCUUCUAGGAUUUUAUGUAUUACAGGGGAGAGUUGGGAAGGACCUCUGGCUUUAGGGCCCUGCUUCACUAAACCCGCUUUCUUGGGACUUGGAUAUUGUAGCUCCCACUGGGUUUCUGCCCCCCCGUAGGGCGCUGCGAGUUUGCAGGGGUAGUUGUGGAACCACCGUGAGGCUCGGGCUCUCCCGUCCUUGCAGACGCAGGAGCUGCUGUCAUCUGCUGGAUGGGCUCUCGAGGCCCUGGGGUUGGCAAUACCCCCUGGGGAUCAGUCCCUACCAGUGUUAUACAAAGGCUUGGGGCUUCUCCAAGAAGGGGCUGGAGCAUGACUUGGUCUGGACAUCCCUGCCCUGCCGGGCAGUCUUCAUUCUGCGCGUGGCUCUUGCAAGGCCUCCCUGCUCACCUGCGAGUAGCACUAGUGGGAUGCUGCAGCCGUGACGGGCUGAGGAUCAUGCGGGGGGCAAGGGUUUUUUGGAGUGAGAUUGCCUGUUGGACCGACUGCGCGGCCAGGAUGGAGUGAGGCGAGCUUUCAAGCGCAAAACAUUUAUCUGGGUGGAGGAAGAAAGCAAGCCUCUCCUUGCUCGGGCCCUGGAGCGAGGCAGGAGGUGGGGAGGGGGUUAUCUUAGAUGGUGCUUUCUUACUUUUUCCCUUUUACAGCCUCUGGACUAUCAGUAGAUUGCUCCCUGGCCACCAUCCAGCGUCUCCUGCUGCGUCAGGUCUGACCUUAGCUGCCCCGAUCCAUGGAGAGGGUGGCUGGGAAAAGCCCAGCCCUUUCCCCUACGCUCCCUGGGAGAGGAUGGGACCAAAGCAGCCACCGGCUACAACCCCUUGCUGGGACCAUCACAUCCCAGGGGUACCCGCCUUUGUGUCUCCAUCACGUUGCAACCCUCAAAUGGGCCCGGUAAGGUCCUUCUGUCAUCAGGGAGCAUCUUCCUGGAGCGUCUCUCCCUGCCCCUCUCUGCGGCGGUGGUGAUGGGCCUUUUCUGUCCUCAGUCCAUCCUGUUAAUGCUAUGACUGCUUCCCCGGCUCUGACUCAUGCUGGCCAGACAGCUCGGUGUCUGUAAGGCAGGCUGCAGGCUCUCUGCUCUCCCCGUUUGGCUCCCUUUCCUCUUCCUCGACCCUGUGCCAGGCCUGCUACUGCUGUAACCCGUGUGCCGGAGCGUGCGCUUCCGUCCUGUGCCGGUGCUGCCUGGUGCUGCGAUGCCCCGCCAGCCUACCUUCCUUUCUGGCAUGGGACACGCCAGCCUCCUCCCCUGGAUCUUCUCCACUCUUCCCAAUUGCUUCCGCUGCUGCUCCUCUUCCUUCCCCUGCCUUUGUUCUGGGGGUUAAAGAGCCACCGUGCAAGCUGCUUCGGUCUCUCCUGGAGCAGUCGCUCUGUGCAGCUGGGUGUGUUAGCAGAGCAAGGGGCUGGGCACGGGCAGGGGAAGAUCCUGGAAAUCGAGGGGCUCAAGAGCAAAGGGAAUUGGGCACUGCGUGGGCUGCGCUUGCUGGGCAAAACUCUGGGACCCACUGCUCCGACCUCAGCCCAGUAGCUGCUUGGAGUAGAUGCGCUUUCCAAACGGGCAGGGCAUUUCCCACGAGGCAGGUGGGAGCUGAGCCAUGCUCCUCGCUUGACCGUAGCAGGGUCCAGCAUCAUGCUGCUCAACCCACAGGACCCGGGAGGAGCAGACGUGGAGCUAGACCCGUGGAUCAAACUGAUCAAACCCCUUCCCUCUGCAGAAGGCGCCAGGGGUGGGGGGAAGCCAGCUGUGGCCUUUCUUCAUGCGUGGGGCUGCCCACUUGGUAUUGUUAAGGGCAUAUCUUAUGCCAGGCAUGUGAGGCUGUAGCAGGGGGGUAACCACACCCUCCACGGUCGAUCUAGGGGUCCCUUUUCAUCCCAAUGAUCCUCAAACGGGGUUUUGUCAGAUCCUUUUAAGGGUGUAGCACAAUACAAGCACAGUUUGGUGUGCAAACACCCGCAGAGGAUUCACGAGAGAAACCCAGAGAUUUCCAGGAGGGAGCCAGAGGGCCCAAACCCUGCUGCGGGCCACCUGAGCUAUUUGCCACAGAAGGACGGCACUGGUAUUUUUCCUGCAGGAAAAAAAUGUCAAAACCUGCCCGUAUGAUCCCGUUAAGGCUCUCCUAGUGCUGGGGUGCAGUCAGCCAAACUCCCCCAAAGCUUUGCUAACUCCGUCCAGGGCCCAGCUGUACCUUGCGUCAUGCUUUACCCACUCCGCUAUUUUAAGAAGUGUUUAGCAAGGACCAUUCCCCUCUAGCAGAAACCAAAAAUCUGCGGGGCUUGCACUUUUAUUUCUCCUUUUGACAAAGCCAUGAUGACUGGGGAAUGGGCAGGAUUGUAGUAUCUCCUCCUUCCGUUUCUUGAUGCAAUCGAGUUCAGUCUCAGAGCACCGUGCGAGGGUGCACGGAGAGGCACGUCCAUUCGUGGCACUGCACAACCGGGAGAUGGCAGCAUGGUGGGUCCUGCUGGGGCUCCUGGCCGCCUGCGUCACUGAGGCCGCCAAGCAGGACAUGCUGAACGUGUGCAUGGAUGCCAAGCACCACAAGACCAAACCAGGGCCGGAGGGGCAGCUGCACAACCAGUGCACCCCCUGGAAGGACAACGCCUGCUGCACGGCCAACACCAGCAUGGAGGCUCACAAAGACCAGUCCUACCUGUACUCAUUCAACUGGAACCACUGCGGGGGCAUGAAGGACAAGUGCAAGCAACACUUUAUCAAGGACACCUGCUUCUACGAGUGCUCCCCCAACCUGGGGCCCUGGAUCGUGCAGACAGACACCAGCUGGCGCCGGGAGCGAAUCCUGAAUGUGCCGUUGUGCAAGGAGGACUGCGACCAGUGGUGGAACGACUGCCAGGACUCCUUCACCUGCAAGGAGAACUGGCACAAGGGCUGGAACUGGACGACAGGAAGCAACCAGUGCCCCCGGGGCUCCGAGUGCCGCCCCUUCAAGACGGUCUUCCCCCAGCCGGCCGACUUGUGUGAGAAGCUGUGGUCCGGAUCCUACAAAUACACGAGAGAGAGCCGGGGCAGCGGGCGCUGCAUGCAGAUGUGGUUCAGUAACACCGAGGUCAACCCCAACGCGGCCGUCACCGAGUACUACGCCCGGCUUGCUGGGGCUCCCAUGCCAGGGCCUGGCGCCUGGCUGUUUCUGCUGGCCCCUGCCCUGCUAGCUGUGCUCUGAGGGCCAGAUGCUGGCUCUCCUAGCCUGGGGGGAAGGCUGCAGGGGCGCUCUCUGGGCUCUGGCUCCCCCUCAUUUACGCGGGACCCAUUUCUGCUCCUGACAUCGGGACAAAAGAGGCUGCUGAGGUGACAGAGACAACCCCGGCUCCCCUCGACGCUUCGCUCCCUGCACCCAUCUCCUCCCUGGCUGUGUGCAGCGAACACCUCCUCCGUGGUGCCCAGGGGCAGAACUUUCCCCCCCACCCAGCGAGUCUGUCCUGGGUGCCUGUCUAUCCAGAAGAGUCUGUGCAGUUGUCCACUCCAGUGCCUGGCUUGUCUGUGCCCUUCGCUACAGGGGAGCCCACAGCCCUGACCUGGCCCCCAAGCCCUUGACCCUCAGGACAGCAGCAAGACAGCCCCAGGUGCUCUCCGCACAGCCUGGGCAAACUGCGGAGGGAGAGGGGGGACAUAGAGCCAGAAGCCAAACACGCCGAGGGGGCAAGUAGGGGACCAUCAUCCCCAACCAGGGGAGGGCUGGGAGCAUGCCGUUACCAGGCACCUCGUCUUCCCUAGAGGCUUGGGCUGGGGGGUCUUCAGGUGAGCUCCAGGCACGUUGCCUCCCUCCUCUCCCAUCAGCUUCCUUUGCAGCAAGGGGCGAGUCACUGCUGCAGGGCAAUGUUUCCAGCACUUGUCCCCAGCCCAGCUCCUGCACCGGCGGGCUGCAAUAUUCCUGACCAUUUGCACGCAGGCUCAAGCUGCACCCCCAGCCAGUGCUGCCCUCAGGCCUGCCAGCUGCAGCUGGCACCAAUGCUGCAUGGGCAUUUGGGGGUCAUGCAUGAGUGAGGGGACACAUCUACUUCCCUGGUGCACGUGGACCUGGCAAUAAACUCGAUCAACUCUCCAGGCUCAUCUUUUUGCUGCAUAAGUAUUUGGGGGUCAUGCAUGGGUGUGGGUGUCACAUCCACUUCCUUGGUGCACACAGAGCUGGCAGUAAACUUGAUUGAAACCUC